AUGAGCUUCCGAAGCUUACAUAGCUUCCAUGGAGCUUCUUGCAUAUAUGCAAAAGCUUCAUUGCGACAUCCACGAUGGGCACAGCCGGGGGUAGGCCUCAGGGUAUUCACAAGCACCAAUCGACUGUUGAAAGACAUUCCCAAAGGCAGUGCUAUCCAGAGCCAAUCUUUGAGAAAUGCGAAAUCAGCGGACGACAUACCUGGGUCGACGCCUGAGACGGCGAAAAAAGCCCCUCUUGCCAUACCGACAACGGCGAGAAAAGAUCCAUUGGCCCUUGAUGACAAAACAAACAAGGAGCAAAGGAAGGCGGACUGGGCGAUCAUAAAAGAGAUGUCACAGUAUUUGUGGCCCAAAGACAACAUGGGAACAAGAGUUAGGGUUGGAUUAUCCCUCGGGUUGCUAGUUGGAGCUAAAGUGUUAAAUGUGCAAGUACCUUUCUACUUCAAAAGCAUCGUCGAUGCUAUGAAUGUUGAUUUUGCUGCUCUUGGAGGCACAGCUACAACCGUCGCCGGAUCGAUGAUAUUGGCUUAUGGACUUACUAGAAUUGGAGCUACAUUGUUUCAAGAAGUAAGGAAUGCUGUCUUCGCUAGCGUGGCUCAAAAGGCUAUCAGGAGGGUAGCUUGCAAUGUUUUUGAUCAUCUAUUAAGACUCGAUCUCAAUUUCCAUCUCUCGAAGCAGACUGGCGGGUUGACUAGAGCUAUCGAUAGGGGUACAAAAGGUAUUAGCUUCUUGCUUACAUCCAUGGUUUUCCACAUUUUCCCGACAGUGUUAGAGAUAUCCAUGGUUUGCGGUAUCUUGACCUAUCAAUAUGGUGCCAAAUUUGCGGCUAUCACAGCUCUCACCAUGGUGGGAUAUUCAGCAUUUACCAUCUCGACUACUGCUUGGAGAACAAAAUUCCGAAGAGCCGCAAAUGCCGCCGAUAACAAAGGUUCGACAGUUGCUGUAGACUCUCUGAUCAACUAUGAGGCAGUCAAAUACUUCAAUAACGAGAAAUACGAAGUUGGUAGAUAUGACCAGGCACUCAAAGCUUAUGAGAAAUCAUCCAUCAAGGUCGCAACAUCUUUAGCAUUCCUCAAUAGUGGACAAAACUUGAUCUUUUCAAGUGCAUUAACUGCAAUGAUGUACUUAGCCGCAGACGGUGUAGCUACAGGAAACUUGACAGUGGGUGAUCUUGUAAUGGUCAACCAAUUGGUCUUUCAACUCUCGGUUCCCUUAAAUUUCCUUGGAUCAGUAUACCGAGAACUUCGACAAUCCUUAUUGGACAUGGAAACGCUUUUCAACCUGCAAAAGGUCAAUGUGGCUGUCAGGGAAGCUCCGAAUGCGAAGCCCCUGCAGCUAACUAAAGGUGGCGAGAUCACAUUUGAGAAUGUAACCUUUGGUUACCAUCCAGACCGACCGAUCCUGAAAAAUCUCAGCAUGACCAUUCCUGCUGGCAAAAAAAUUGCUAUUGUUGGACCUAGUGGCUGUGGAAAAUCAACAGUCCUGCGACUCUUAUUCCGUUUCUAUGAUGUUCAAGAGGGAAGAAUUUUGAUUGAUGGCCAAGACAUACGAAAUGUGAGUUUGGAAUCACUGAGGAGAGCCAUUGGCGUCGUUCCUCAAGAUACACCACUUUUCAAUGAUUCCAUUGAACACAACAUCAGAUAUGGUAAUUUGGAGGCAUCUGACGAGAAAGUCAAAGAGGCAGCACAACGUGCAAAGAUUCAUAGCAUCAUCACAACGCUCCCCGAUGGAUAUAAAACCAUGGUUGGGGAACGGGGAAUGAUGAUUUCUGGAGGAGAAAAGCAAAGAUUGGCAGUCUCAAGACUUAUCUUGAAAGAUCCUCCGCUCUUGUUCUUUGACGAGGCGACAUCUGCAUUGGAUACACAUACGGAACAGGCACUCAUGCAAAAUAUCAACAGCAUUUUGAAAGGAAAAUCAAGGACUAGUGUUUUCGUUGCUCAUAGGCUCCGAACAAUCUUUGAUAGCGAUAAAAUCAUAGUACUGAAGGAGGGGUCAGUGGCUGAAAGUGGGACGCAUAGAGAACUGGUUGAUACUGGUGGGGUAUAUUCCGAUCUCUGGAGUGUACAAGAAACUCUUUUUGCCGAAACGGAGAAAGGUAAAGAACGAGAGGUUAAUAUUCCCGACGUCUCGAAAGAAGAGAGUAGAUAG